AUGGAAUUAUUACUAGAUCCUAAACACGACUUCCCAGCCAAUAAUGCUGGGGAGACACCACUUUAUUUGGCUGCAGAGUCUGGUUUUCAUGAUGCUUUGAUUGAAAUCUUGAAUGUUUACGAGGAACCAACUUAUGUUGCAGGUCCAUUCAAUCGAACACCUCUACAUGCAGCCGUAAUUCAAAAACACACAGAAUGUGCGAUAGCACUAUGUCAAUGGAAUAAACAUUUAUGCAAAGAAGCUGAUGAAUGGGGUUGGAAUUCACUACACUAUGCUGUUAAACAAGGAUUGACAGACCUAGUUUUCCGUAUGUUGAGACGGAAUAAAUCCUUAGCCUACGAUCAGGCAGGCAGCGAAAAUGAGUGGACGACGGCAUUUCACAUUGCAGCCAGUGAAGGUCAUGAAGCGAUAAUACAUGAGUUAUUAAUUCACUGCCCAGAUUGUUGGGACAUGGUUAAUAGCAAUGGCCAAAAUGCUCUUCAUGUUGCCAUAUUGAACGAUCGCGAAAUGCUAGUCAAUACGUUAUUUAAGUUCAGAUUUUGUUAUGAUAGACUUGUUGAUGAGGCAGAUAAUGAGGGCAAUACUCCACUCCAUUUGCUUGCUGCCUAUGGGAACCAUGUGCCUCAAUUUAUAUUAGACCAUCCUAGCGCAAACAAGAUGACAUUUAACAAAGAAAACCAGACUCCACUUGACAUUGCAUCCUCUCGCACUCAGACAACAGAGAAGGAGAAAUUGGUAGCCGAUUUGCGUGACAUGAAUGCACGAUUGGGACAACGUUGUGACUUUGAGGUAAAACGUCAAACAGAAAAUAGCAGAAAGAUACAACUACAAAAGAUGAGGAAGGAUGAUGAUGAAGCCAAAGCUAAGAGAGAAAAAUUAAAAAUGGAAAAAAUUCUGAAAUCAACUGAAAUACAAGUAGUUGUUGCUACUCUAAUAAUGACAGUCGCGUUUGCAGCUGGUUUUACAUUGCCAGGAGGUUUAGACAGCGAUGACGGUCCUAAUAAAGGGAUGUCGAUCCUAUUAAAGAAAACAGCAUUCCGUGUAUUUGUUAUUUCGGAUGUCCUGGCAUUUACAUGUGCUGCUGCUGCUAUAUACAUCUACUCUACCAUGGCAAAUAGCGAUGUAGUCGCUGGUGAAAUCAACGUGCGCUUGCUUAGAGUGUUAUGGAUGAAUUAUAAUACAGCAAGUACUCUGCAAGGUUUUGCAAUGGCCGCAGUUGUAGUUGCAUUUGUAACUGCUAUGUAUUCUACCUUAGAAAAUUCACUCGCUCUUGCUGUUACUGUUUGUGUCAUUGGUUGUGUCUCUUUUCCUAUCUUCUUUUCCAUUAAUAUUACUUGGAAUUCAACCCCAGGUAUUUUUGUUAAAACAUUAGACCAUUGA